AUGAGCAGCCCCAAGAAGGAGCUCAUCCCCGCGACCGACGCCGACACGGAACACCUGCGCUACUUCCUGGGCGCAAUGCCGUUCGCAGGCGACACGUUUGCGCCGCACUGCAAGGCGGUCGCGUACGAGCCUCUCCCGCCCGUGAACGCCCGGGGCGGACGAGACUGUGAGGGGUGGACGUGUGUGUACGAGGCGGUCGUUCAGGACAACUGGCUCAACGGCGGACAGGGCCUGCACGGCGCCGCCGCCGCCUGGCUCCUCGACAUGUUCACAGGUACCUCUCUCCACCGCCUCGGCACGGACAACUGGUCUCCGUGGGGACCCAGCAUCAACUUUGAGAUCAACUUCUACAACCCCGCGCCGGCAGGGACGGUGCUUCGGUGCGAGACGAUCAUCGACCGCGCCGGCGGCGCUGUCAGCACCGUUCUCUGCCUUAUGAGCGACAAGAAGACGGGAAGGCGCAUCCUGACCGGCGUGCAUACGACGCAGCGGCCGAAGGGCGGCGCGUUUGGCAAGGUCGGCGCCAAGUUCAACAUGAAGGCGGCGCAGACGGCGACUGCCAAGCUCUAG